AUGCCACCACUGGAUAAGAGAAUUAAGAAGUUUUUGAAGGACUCUAUUAGAAUUGCGCCCAAAAUAUCCAGUAAGGGUGAAUUAGGUGAAUUACGAACUGGAUUGGUUUCUCAAUACCCACAAACUCGAAAAGAUGCAAUUAAGAAGACUAUUCAGCAAAUGACAUUGGGAAAAGAUGUCUCUUCGCUUUUCCCUGACAUUUUAAAAAACAUUGCCACGAUUGAUGUCGAGCAGAAAAAACUGGUUUAUCUUUAUGUGAUGAAUUAUGCUGAAACACACCCCGAGUUAUGUAUUCUCGCCGUUAACACAUUCAUUACAGAUGCACAAGAUCCCAAUCCCUUAAUUCGUUGCAUGGCAAUUAGAACGAUGUCGAUGAUAAGAGUCGAUAAAAUCCUUGAAUACAUUGAAACACCUCUUCGUCGUACUUUGCACGAUGACAAUGCGUAUGUUAGGAAAACCGCAGUUAUAUGUGUCGCAAAACUCUUUCAACUGAAUAAGGAUUUGUGUGUUGAACUGGGUGUCGUUGAGGAUUUGGUUAAUGCUUUAGAUGACUCAAAUCCUCUGGUCAUUGCAAACGCAACAGCAGCAUUGAUUGAAAUUCAUAAUAUGGACAUGGACGCUGUUGACCUUUCAAGUUUGAUCCAGUCGCAUGUGUCACAGUUCCUACUAGCUUUGAAUGAAUGUACAGAAUGGGCAAGGAUUACCAUACUAGGAACCCUUUCUGAGUAUUCGGCAAAAGAUUCCUUAGAGGCUCAGGAUAUUAUUGAUCGGGUGACUGCACAUUUACAACACGUCAAUCCAGCGGUGGUCCUGGCUACUAUAAAGGUGAUUGUAAGGAAUUUGCCGCUAAUCGAAUAUUCUUCAAAUAGUCUGAUAAUGAAAAGAUUAUCAUCUGCGUUUGUAUCAUUAAUGUCAACCCCACCUGAGAUGCAAUAUGUGGCUUUAAAAAAUAUCAGAAUUAUAUUGGAAAAAUAUCCAGAGCUGUUAACCAAAGAGCUAAGAAUAUUUUAUAUCAAGUUCAACGAUCCACUUUACGUCAAAUUGGAGAAGAUCGAUAUUCUUGUUCGACUAGUCGAUCCUUCUAACUUGAAACAAUGCACUUUAUUAUUGACAGAGCUGAAGGAAUAUGCAAUGGAAUAUGAGCCCGAAUUUGUUUCAAGAGCUAUCCAAGCUUUAUCGCAAUUGGGUAUCAAGUAUGCACAAGAAUCAUUCGUUGCUAAAGUUUUGGAUAUAAUUUUAGAACUGUUAGAGAGACAAGAUGCGAUAAAAGACGAUUGCUGUAUAUCAUUAUGUGACCUAUUGAGACAUUGCCCCGAAAAUGAUAAAAUGGCCAAGCAAGUUUGCGCAGUAUUUAACACUUGGUCGAACCCAGAAGAGCUUUUGCAAUCUGAUAUUGCGAAGUGCAACUAUGUGUGGCUGUUGGGACAACAUCCUACUAACUUUUCCGAUUUAGAGUCGAAAAUCAAUAUUUUCAUAGACAAUUUUGUUCAGGAGGAAGCUUUAACGCAGAUGUCCUUGUUAAUGACAGUAGUCAGACUACAUAGCACUUUAACAGGUAGUGUGCUACAAAGUGUACUGGAACUGGCCACACAACAAACACAUGAAUUGGAUGUCCGAGAUAUGGCUAUGAUGUAUUGGAGAUGCCUUUCAAUGCCCAAUAGUGAAAAUUUGGUUAACGAUUUGUGUCAAAAUAAACUUCCAAUGAUUUCCAAUACACUGGAGAAAUUUUCACCAGAAGUUCUGGAGAAACUAUUGAUGGAAUUAGGUACUAUAAGUUCUAUUUAUUUCAAGCCCAACUCAAACAGAAGGAAAGGAAAAAAAUAUGUUCAAAAUAUUGUUAAAGGAAAGCAUAUAGAGGAACUGGAAAGCAUGGCGCAAAACGAAAUUUCUAAUAAGGCUAAUGGUGAUGUGUUGUUGGAUUUUGAUGAUAGAGAUGAUGCAAUGAAUACCAGUACGGGAAUGCUGAAUGCUUCGGCUACUCUAGGCGAUUUGGAUGACUUGUUUGAUUUCGGACCAUCUGAGGAUACUACAAAAACGAAUAUGAAUGGUUCCAAAACUGUUCAAGGGUUGAAAGAACUGAAACUAGGUCACAAUUCAGACGAUAUAUCUUCUAACGGGAAAAACAAUCCGCCCAUUUCGGACAACAAUCUAGUGUCACAGGAUCUGCUUGAUUUAUUUUGA